AUGGCUCUCUCUCAGGCACAGUUGACCUUCAAGGAUGUGUUCAUAGAUUUCACUCCCGAGGAAUGGGAAUGCCUGGACCCUGCCCAGAGAACCCUGUACAAGGACGUGAUGGUGGAGACCCUCAGGAACCUGCUGUCUGUGGGAAUUUCUGUUUUUGAUUUGAACAUUAUCUCCAUACAAAGAGGAAGACCCCUGGAUUAUAUGUCUCAUAUACAUAUGAUCAAGAAAUUACAGGUAAAAGCAAACAGUGGUAAAGGGGAAAUUUUUCAAAGAGUGAUGUUUGGAAAAACUGAAUGCCUUGAAAUCAAAGAUUUUUGCCCCAGGAAGAUCCUGGAAAAUAUAGAUGACUUUGAUUCUCUCUGGACACAUGAUGAAAGAACUGACAAAGGAAUGUCUACAUCCCAUAACAAAAACCUCACUGAUGGAAGAGAUCAUCCUAGUAGAAGUGAUGCAGGAAAUAGACCUUUUGAAAGGCACAGAGCAAGCUUUCAGGAUGAAUUGCAGAUGGUACAAUCUGAAGGGAUAAUUUUUGAAUGUAGUCAAGUUGUGACAAAUGUCAGGGCCACAGGUUUACCACCUCAGAGAACUGGUAAUGUCUGCAAAGGCUUUUCUCAUAAACAUGAGGAUGCUCUUAUGCAUCCUUCAGAACUGUUACCAGACCAUGAAACACAAAAGAAAAGACCUUACAAAUGUACUGAGUGUGACAUAACCUUUCUUGAGGACUCAGAACUCACUCGACAUCAAAGAAUCCAUACCGGAGGAAAACCAUAUAAAUGCAAUGUGUGUGGCAAGGCUUUUAAUCAAACUAGACAACUUGCAAUUCAUUGGAGAAUUCAUACUGGGGAGAAACCACACAAAUGUGAUGUAUGUGGCAAGGCUUUUAUUCAAAUUGGAAACCUUGCAGUUCAUCAGAGACUUCAUACUGGAAAGAAACCAUAUAAAUGUGAUGUAUGUGGCAAGGCUUUUAUUCAAAUUGGAAACCUUGCAGUUCAUCAGAGACUUCAUACUGGAAAGAAACCAUAUAAAUGUGAUGUAUGUGGCAAGGCUUUCAUUCAAACUGCACACCUUGCAGUUCAUCAGAGAAUUCAUACUGGCGAGAAACCAUAUAAAUGUGAUAUAUGUGGCAAGGCCUUUAGUCAAACUUCAAGCCUUGCAGUUCAUCAGAGAAUUCAUACUGGUGAGAAACCAUAUACAUGUGAUAUAUGUGGUAAGGCCUUUAAUCAGACUGCAAAUCUUGGACUUCAUCGGAAAAUUCAUACUGGAGAGAAGCCAUAUAAAUGUGAUAUAUGUGGCAAGGCCUUUAUUCAAACUACAAGCCUUGCAGUUCAUCAGAGAAUUCAUACUGGAGAGAAGCCAUACAAAUGUGAUGUGUGUGACAAGGCGUUUACUCGUACUGGACACCUUGCUGUUCAUCGGAGAGUUCAUACUGGAGAGAAACCAUAUAAUUGUGGUAUAUGCGGCAAGGCUUUCAGGGGACGUUCAAGCCUUACUGUUCAUCAGGGAGUUCAUACUGGAGAGAAACCAUAUAAAUGUGAUGUAUGUGGCAAGGCCUUUAGACAAACCUCAAACCUUGCAGUUCACCAGAGAAUUCAUACUGGAGAGAAACCAUAUAAAUGUGAUGUAUGUGGCAAGGCCUUUAUUCAAACCUCAAACCUUGCAGUUCAUCAGAGAAUUCAUACUGGACAGAAAUCUUAA